CUCUCCAGCGAGGGUCGAGUUCGGCUGUUGCGCGCGGGCAAGGAAGGAGGGGCUACGAGGGAUUUGAAAGUGCUCAAGCUGCGGAGUGGAGCUCGCUUCUGUCCCCGCCGCCGCGAGCGGAUUAAAUUUCUGCAAAUUCAAACUGAAUGGGGCUUUCUUCUGCUGCCUUCCAGAGGGCGCCUGCAGCCCGCCGCGCGCUCCUCUCCGGCGGGAGCGGCCCCGGGGAGCACCGCUGAGGACCCGGCGGGCCAGAGGGCGGCGGCGCCCGGGCUUGGGGGACUCCGCCACCGGACUGUGCUCCUCUCGGACUAGCAGCCGCUGCUCCCUCUCACAGCCGAUCGGGGCACCAGACGGGACCGCGGGCGCGAUCUGGGCGAUCGAUCCUCCGAGGACGAACUUCUCGGGGGCGGGUCCCCGGUCGCCCCGUCGCCAGCUAUUGUCUGCGCGCGGCGCUAGCACGGAGGCGCGGGGGGCGUGAGCACAGAGACCCGGGCCGGGCGGGGCCGGGUCCAGGGCGGCGGCAGGAGGAGCCAGGGCAGCCCCGGGAGCCGGAGGAGGGGCGGCUGCGAGCGCGGGAGCCGAGCGAGCGCGAUGCCGGCAGCGGCGGGGGACGGGCUCUUGGGCGAGCCGGCGGCACCGGGGGGCGAUGGAGGCGCGGAGGACACGACCAGGCCGGCGGCGGCCUGCGAGGGAAGUUUCCUGCCCGCCUGGGUGAGCGGCGUGUCCCGCGAGCGGCUCCGGGACUUCCAGCACCACAAGCGCGUGGGCAACUACCUCAUCGGCAGCAGGAAGCUGGGAGAGGGCUCCUUCGCCAAGGUGCGCGAGGGGCUGCACGUGCUGACGGGAGAAAAGGUAGCUAUCAAGGUCAUCGAUAAGAAAAGAGCCAAGAAAGACACCUACGUCACCAAAAACCUCCGUCGAGAGGGGCAGAUCCAGCAGAUGAUCCGACACCCCAACAUCACACAGCUCCUGGACAUCUUGGAGACAGAGAACAGCUACUACCUGGUCAUGGAGCUGUGUCCUGGUGGCAACCUCAUGCACAAGAUCUACGAAAAGAAACGGUUGGAUGAAGCCGAAGCCCGCAGAUACAUCCGACAACUCAUCUCUGCGGUGGAGCACCUGCACCGUGCCGGGGUGGUUCACAGAGACUUGAAGAUAGAGAAUUUGCUACUAGAUGAAGACAAUAAUAUCAAGCUGAUUGACUUUGGUUUGAGCAACUGUGCCGGGAUCCUGGGUUACUCGGAUCCAUUCAGCACACAGUGUGGCAGCCCUGCCUAUGCUGCGCCAGAACUGCUUGCCAGGAAGAAAUAUGGCCCCAAAAUCGAUGUCUGGUCAAUAGGCGUGAACAUGUAUGCCAUGCUGACGGGGACCCUACCUUUCACUGUGGAGCCUUUCAGCCUGAGGGCUCUGUAUCAGAAGAUGGUGGACAAAGAAAUGAAUCCCCUGCCGACCCAGCUCUCCACAGGGGCCGUCAACUUUCUGCGCUCCCUCCUGGAACCAGACCCUGUGAAGAGGCCGAAUAUCCAGCAAGCGCUGGCGAAUCGCUGGUUGAAUGAGAAUUACACUGGGAAGGUGCCCUGCAAUGUCACCUAUCCCAACAGGAUUUCUUUGGAAGACCUGAGUCCCAGCGUGGUGCUGCACAUGACUGAAAAGCUGGGCUAUAAGAACAGUGAUGUCAUCAACACGGUGCUCUCCAACCGCGCCUGCCACAUCCUGGCCAUCUACUUCCUGUUGAACAAGAAACUUGAGCGCUAUUUGUCAGGGAAAUCAGAUAUCCAAGAUAGCAUCUGCUACAAGACCCAGCUCUACCAGAUAGAGAAGUGCAGAGCCACCAAGGAGCCCUAUGAGGCCUCCCUGGAUACUUGGACGAGGGACUUUGAAUUCCAUGCUGUGCAGGAUAAAAAGCCCAAAGAACAAGAAAAAAGAGGUGAUUUUCUCCAUCGUCCGUUUUCCAAGAAGUUGGACAAGAACCUGCCUUCUCACAAACAGCCAUCGCCUUCGCUGAUCACACAGCUCCAGAGUACCAAAGCCCUGCUCAAAGACAGGAAGGCCUCCAAGUCAGGCUUCCCCGACAAAGAUUCCUUCGUCUGCCGCAAUCUUUUCCGAAAAACCUCUGAUUCCAAUUGUGUGGCUUCUUCUUCCAUGGAAUUCAUCCCUGUCCCACCUCCCAGGACACCAAGGAUUGUAAAGAAACUAGAGCCACACCAGCCAGGGCCGGGAAGUGCCAGCAUCCUCCCCAAGGAAGAGCCCCUGCUGCUGGAUAUGGUACGCUCCUUUGAGUCCGUGGAUCGAGAGGACCACAUAGAACUGCUGUCCCCUUCUCACCAUUAUAGGAUCCUGAGCUCGCCUGUGAGCCUGGCUCGUAGGAAUUCUAGUGAGAGGACACUCUCCCAGGGGCUGCUGUCUGGAAGUACCUCACCUCUCCAAACUCCAUUGCAUUCCACGCUGGUCUCUUUUGCCCACGAAGAAAAGAACAGCCCCCCACAAGAGGAGGGUGUGUGUUCACCACCUCCCGUUCCCAGCAACGGCCUCCUGCAGCCUCUGGGGAGCCCCAACUGUGUAAAGAGCAGGGGACGGUUCCCCAUGAUGGGCAUCGGACAGAUGCUGAGGAAGCGGCACCAGAGCCUGCAGCCUUCCUCAGAGAGGUCCCUGGAGGCCAGCAUGUCCCCUCUGCAGCCCACAGCCCCCUCCAGCCUCUCCUUUGACAUGGCUGACGGUGUCAAGGGCCAGUGUUAACCUGGGAUGGCAAGAUUCUGGGUCUCUGUGAGGACAGCCACGGAACAGAGCUCCACACAGGCAGGCACCAGGGCAUGGGUGAACAGCCUCACGGGAGCAUCCUUUAUUCUUUUAUUCCUGCCACACAGUCCCACGCUCGUAUCAGCUGAAGUCCACAGACUCAAAGUCCACACACUUACUUAGGGACCCUCUGAGACGCUGCGACUAGGGGGAGGGGGAGGGGGCGGACUGUGGAAAUCACACCUUUCAGCCUGAGAUUCUCUUUGCUAUCACCAAUCACUGAGCCCUCUCCAGGAUCCCCAGUGGGCUCAGAGCUAAAAACCACACCUCCAUCUGCUGGGCCAAUCAGAUUUCCAGACUGGUACCAGGUUGUCCCUCCCUCCCUCCGCUCUGUGUGUCUCUCACAGACAGUACAGUCUCAUGGGGACCGUGCCACUCGCUGGUAAGGACGUUCACCCAGCCUAGGGAUCCCUCUACAGAGGGAAGCAACCCCCCCUUUCCGUAACAGUGAGUCCCCACAGAGUGCUGAGUCACAGUGAUGGACCGGGAGGAAGAUGGGAUGGCGCCUCAGACAGAGAUGGAACCCAGCAGCGAGAACCCAGGAGGAAGACGAAGACUCAAGCAAACGCUCAUUCCUGUGCAACGUUUUGACGGAUUUUUCUUUCCUCUCUUUCUUUUUCCCCUGCCCUUUUCUUCUUUUGGGGGUUGAAACUUGCUGAGGAUUGAACGAACUAGUCCAAAGAGAUCUUUCUUUAUAUGAAGUCAUUAAUUAAAUUUAAGUAAUUUUUUUUUAAAGACAGGGUCUCAUUAAGUAGCCCAAGCUGGCUUCAAACUCAUGAUCCUCCUGCCUCAGCCUCCAAAGCGCUGAGAUUACAAGUAUAUAUACGUGUCUGGCUCAAAAUAGCAAUUCAAAAACAAAAACUAGUUGACCAGAUGAAAAGUAAUUUUACCAAAUUCAUGUGUUUUUGUUUUUCUGAGAGGCUGCAGCUCAGAUGGCCAAAAAAGCUGGCUUGGGUGGUAACAGGAGGAACAUUGGACCACAGUGGCCUGCCUGCCUGAGGGAUAGUAGCCUAGCCAUCCUAUGUUUAUACUGUGGCAGCAGCAGAAGGCAUAGAACUUAGCUCCAGAUGGCUCUGGAGAGAGAGAAAGGAUUCUUAAAGCAGAGUUGAGACAUCAAGAAGCAGGGAAUUCGAUGUGUCGUGCUGUUCUGCCACGGUUGGAACUUAGCUGUUCUGCUGUUCUGCUGGGAGCUAGGAGCAGGCUUGCUGCCCCCUGGGAACACGCUCACAAGACGGUUCGUCCCCAAGGGAAACAGUGCCCCCAAAACAGGCUUUCAGUCCAUGCUGUAAUCUGCACCUUCCCCUCCAGGAUUGAACCAAAGAUGCAUUUCCGGUUUUGUGACUGUGCCACUCUGUGUGUCUCUUGUGGAACCUGGUGUUGUCUGAUCCUGUCCGGCUGGCGCUGGAUGGAGGACUGUCUCUGUGUGCAUCGUGGGCCCUGGUACUUAGCAGAGGACAAUGGGUACUGUUGUCAGGAGGGGAAGACUUGGCACAGGUUGGACCACAGUUAGUUUAGGAGAGAAGAUAUGGAACAGCUCAGAAUCUUCUGGUCUUUGACUAUUUCAGAUGGGGUCAGAGACCAGAGCUGUAGCCAGGAAGCCAGGUUCAUCAUCUUGGUCCAUCGAUUCUAAAGUGGGCAAAUUUCUGUGACAUCACAAAGCUGGCCUUUGCCAGUGAGGGCUGAGACACAGUACAACCGCCUCUCAUUUACUGGUGGCGGGCGGCUUCCUUUGACCUCUCAUAGCUCUGACUGGACUAGAAGAGAACACAGAUUUGGCUGACCCUGGAAGAAAGCUGCUCUAGUCCUGGCUGAAUUUGGUAAGACCUGGACUACUUAAACCCUAGGGAGGAACUGACUCCCUCCCAAGGACCCAUUACAGGAGGAGGCCAGGCUUCUCUCCCAGAGCUGAUGGUGUUCUUCAUUCAGCAUGGCUUCCGUUCAGCUUCCAGGACUUGACACUGAAAAUAGAACUCUUUAAGCAGAGAGAAGAGGAGAACCAUCCACAGAUGCUCUCUGUAUUUGAUGUGACGUGUUUGAGCUUUGACAGGUGAAGAGUCCUUUUAAAAGAUAACUGCCAACUGCAGGCAUCUGGCUCUGCAAAGCUGGUAGGAUGUGUACCUGUGUGCUGUGCCCGCCCCCUUUCUCCUAGCCCUUUAUGUCUUUUUCUGGCUGUUUGCUUUUCUCGUACGUAUGUGUGCCUGUGUUGGUGCUAGCCUGUGGAGAAAGAGUCUCCCAUUCUUCAAAUGCUUCGAGAACAGUGUCAGAUGUACAACUAGCUGCCUGCGUUGCUACUGGUACCGUGGACUCUGAACUCAGGUUACCCACCUGAGUCCUCAGUAGGUAGUGGACCCAUUGUGAGGCAAGUGAGAACAGGAGGGAGACAAGCUGUGUUCUGGGGCGCACAUAAACACCUGACAGACGAGUCUAGGAAACCGCGUGAAAGAAGAAAUGUUAAAUUCUUUAUUGUUUUAUUAUAUUUAUACGGAAAAUGUGACUAUCCUUUUGUUAAGUGCGGAGUGUAUUGUCUGUUUGACCCAUGACUGUCCUUCAUGAAUGAGUCUUUGCCUGUGAUUCUAGUCAGCCUGUGGCUACUGAUGGGGACGGCCGAUCUGUCAUCAUGUGAAGUCCAGGAGGAAGAAUCUAUUUUAGUCAUACGAUUUGGUCAUGAGUAAGGACUAUAUUUAUGUCACCACUAUUGAAUAUAUGUACUUUUAUAAUGGCUGUGAAAUACACUUUUUCCUCACAA